AGGUAGCGUGCGCGAGUGGUGAUGACCUCACCCUCGAUGUCGAAAGAAAGCUCGCGAAAAUUCACAAUUGAGGACAUUGUUUGAGUAACGUGACUGGGCUAUUCGGGUUAUUCCGAUUUUGCCUCGGGUGCUGCUGCACUCGCCUGCGCUGCAUUCUAGGGAAACGAUGCAGCUCCUCGGCUCGUCACUCGCUGCUGGGAGCCGAUUUUUCAGAGCGACGUCCCUCCCCAAGCAUGACCGGCUACUGGUAUCACGGCUGCGCUUUUCAACGUCGCGUCCAUCACGAGCAUCGAAUCAGGUUUAUGCCUCGGUUCGCAAUGCCGACCAAUUCCACACCUACCAGCUCCUGUCGUCCUCCUCACGGACGCCGCUGCUGACCCUCUGGACGACCUCGUGGUGCUCCACCUGCCGUGUCGUGGCGCCGCUCAUCCAGGAACUGGUCGAGUCCGGCGUGGGCGAGGCCGAGGGCGGCGUGGCCUACUGCACCGUCGAGUAUGACGCCCCGGACGUCAUGGCCGCCGGGCUGGGCCUCACCUACAUGAUCAACUCGGUCCCAACCUUGCUCAGUUUCGAUGCCGGCGAGGCACAGGUACGGACCAAGGUCUCGGACGGGAGGAAACUGGCGGACCGAAACUUUCUCGAGGAGUGGAUCAGGAACGAGGCGAGAAGGCACGGUAACCGCGGGGGCGGAGGGCCGAGUGGCGGGUCGAACCUCCUUGGUAGCAUUUUCGGCAGGUCAUGAUGGCGCCGGUCUAGACCAAGGAGAUGUUGGUUGUACGGCCAAUAGUCAACGGCGUGCAUACCUCUCGCGACAUUUGUGUUCAGUCCGCAGCGUCCGCUCUGAGACAUGUCUUGAGAUAGAAGCCGAUCUAGAACCUUUAUGAGAGCUCUGAAUGGAAACGAUGUUUGAGCGGGUCGUUCGUUCCUCAGAUACCCUGGUCGGUCUCCCGUUUGCGCCUGUGCCUCGCCGUCGAGAUCACUGAUGGUGCCGUAAUGGCGGACAAGAGCAUCAGCUUCAGUUCCACCUAACACAAACUGCAAAUGG